AUGCCCAAGGCGGAGUUUGGGACGCCAAAAUGGAUGAGCAACAAGAUCAAGGCCUCCGGCCUCCAAAAGCUGCGCUGGUACUGCCAAAUGUGCCAGAAGCAGUGCCGAGAUGAGAAUGGUUUCAAAUGUCACAGGAUGUCAGAAGGCCACCAACGGGCAAUGCAGCUAUUCAUUCAGCGCCCUGGGCACUUCAUGGACGAAUUUUCUCGGGAAUUCGAGGAGGAAUUUAUGAAACUUAUGAAAACGAGGUACUGCCGCACCCGGGUGUUGGCGAAUUCCGUCUACAACAACGUCGUCUGUGAUCGGCACCACAUCCACAUGAAUUCCACUAUAUGGGUGACUCUAUCGGAAUUUGUGCAGUACUUGGGAGCAACGGAAAAGUGUAAAAUUGAGUAUACUCCCAAGGGUUGGUAUGUGGAGUACAUUGACCAUGAAGAGUUGGCAAGGAAGAAGGAGUUGGAGAGAAAAAGGAAAAUAGAGAAGUCGCAGGAAGAUGCUCGCAUGGAGCAAAUUCAGGCUCUUGUUGAAGAGGCCAGACAACGCGGAGGAUUUCAGAAGCCAGAAUAUACGCCUUUACAGCGAGAAGAUGGGCAAACCGUCACACUCAGCAUCAGCAAGCCGCGUGAGUCCGCAGACAAAAAGGCGAAUGCGCUGCAACUACUGCACGAAAAGCUGAAGCAGGAACGUCAAAGUAAAAGCAGAGGACUGCCAGAGAAACGCAAGCUUUCGGAAAUGGAGGCUCUGGUGGCCGAGGCUGAAUGCCAGAAGAAAAAAAUGGCAGUAUUUGAAGGGAGCCCGUCCUUGAAAGAACGGUCUUCUUCAGCAACAGCUCAUAAUGACAGCAAAGAGCAAAGAAACAAUGAUGCCCAUGCCAGCUCCGGGCUUCGCCCACCAGCACACAAGCACGCAAGUGCUGACUGGUGGAUACGGCCCAGCUUGAUCGUCAAGGUGGUGCACAAGACUUUGGGUGACGGAAAGUACUACAAGAAAAAAGGAGUAGUGAAAACCGUGGAUGGCAGGUAUUCUGCUGUUUUGGAGAUGCUAGAAGGUGGUGCGAUCUUGAAGCUCGAUCAGGAGUAUCUGGAGACAGUAAUACCUGCCAUUGGCGGCCGGAUCGCUGUGGUCCUUGGCGAAUGGCGUGGUCACGAAGGAAGGCUAGAGGCGCUGAACAUUGACUCGUACUCGGUGCGAGUGACCUUGGACACAGGACCCCUCUUCAAGCUAGAUAAGUACCGGGGCAAUUCAGGAGUUACCGUUGAGGGCUUGCCUUAUGAGCACGUUUGCAAGUUGGACGUGCGAAAGUAA